AUGGCUGAUUCACCCAGCAUCCCCCAUGUCGGCCGCAAACCCGCCACGGUCCUUUCCGCCACCGAGCUCAUCGGCAACACCCCGCUGGUUCGACUCAACAAGGUGCCACAGUCCCUCGGCGUCGAAUGCGAAGUCUACGUCAAGGCCGAGCUAUUCAACGCCGGCGGCAGCGUCAAGGACCGUAUCGCCCUGCGCAUGGUCGAGGAAGCCGAGAAGAGCGGCCGCAUCAAGCCCGGCGAUACGCUGAUUGAGCCCACCUCGGGCAACACCGGCAUUGGUCUAGCCCUUGUCGGUGCCAUUAAAGGCUACAAAACCAUCAUAACCAUGCCCGAGAAGAUGUCAGCCGAAAAGGUCUCGGUCCUGCGCGCGCUCGGCGCCACCAUCAUCCGCACCCCGACCCAGGCCGCAUGGGACGCCCCCGAGUCGCACAUUGGUGUCGCCCGUCGUCUUGAAAAGGAGAUUCCCAACGCUCACAUCCUCGACCAGUACGGCAACCUCGACAACCCGCUCGCCCACGAGCACGGCACCGCCGAGGAGAUUUGGGAGCAGACGGGCGGCAAGAUUGACGCCAUUGUCGCCGGCGCCGGCACCGGUGGCACCAUUAGUGGCCUUGCCCGCGGCCUCCGCAAGCACAACAAAGACAUCAAGGUCAUUGCGGCUGACCCCCACGGCAGCAUCCUCGCCGUCCCCGAGUCGCUCAACGAAGAGCACGCCAACCAGCCGUACAAGGUCGAGGGCAUCGGCUACGACUUCAUCCCCGAGGUGCUCGACCGCGAGCUCGUCGACAAGUGGUACAAGACGGGCGAUCACGAGUCAUUCUACCUCGCUCGUCGCCUGAUUUCGGAAGAGGGUCUCCUCGUGGGCGGCAGCUCCGGCUCGGCCAUGGCCGCCAUGCUCAAGGCCGUCAAGGAUUACGGUUUCAAAAAGGGUCAUGUGGUCGUCGUCGUGCUGCCCGACAGCAUCCGUAGCUACCUGUCCAAGUUUGCCGACGACGACUGGCUGGCGGCCAACAACCUGUUCCCCAUCAACGGCAUCGAGAGCGCGUCGGUCACGAGCCCCCACGGCAAGGCGACAACCAAGACCGAUCCCUACGCCGGCGCCACCAUUGCCUCGCUGCGCCUCAAGCCCGUCACUUCGGUCGCUGCCACAGCCGAGUGCGCCGAGGCCGUCGAGACGAUGCGCGACAAGGGCUUUGACCAGCUGCCCGUGCUCGCCGCCUCGGGCCGCCUCGUCGGCGUCGUCACCCUCGGCAAUCUGCUGAGCUACAUCUCGAGCGGCCGCGCCACCGGCCAGACCCAGGUCAAGGACGUCAUGUUUGACUUUGGCCGCAUGGACGAGAUUGUCACGGACCCUCGCCAGACGGCCGCCUCGGGCAAGGACGUCAAGCGCAAGUUUGUCGAGAUUACCCUCGACACGUCUCUCAACUACCUGAGCAAGUUUUUCGAGUGGAACAGCGCCGCCGUCGUCACGGAAAAGAGCGCCGACAGCAAGACGCUAGCCAAGCCGGUGGCGGUUGUCACAAAGGUCGACCUGCUUACUUGGAUGGUGAACCAAAAGCUAUGA